UAACCCAAAGUUUUUAUUCACAUAAAUAGCUAGACUAGAGCUAAUAUUAAGGAGAUCAUUCAGAUCAAGAUAUAAGCAAAUUCUAUACACAGGAUAUAAUAAAGGAAAAAUGAACUGUGCUGUUGUAGUACCAACUGUUACUCAUAGUGGUAAUACGAGUAAUAUUUACAACCAUCACGCUAACCCCAUAUCACCUAAUUUGAUGGUAAGGUUUCAACAGUUGGAAGGGCAAGUAAGAAAUCAUCAUCAUCAUAAUGAAUUGCCGUUGAUGAAGAGGAAAAGACCGGCGAGGAUUAACGUUCCGAUUGUUACAUUGAUGGAAAAUAAUGUUGUGAGUACACCUAGAGAUCGUGUUGAGGAGAUUGAAGUUGAAGAGGAGGGGUAUGGAGUUUGUAGUAAGAGAGGAAAAUCAAGGGCUCAUUUGGAGGACCGUUAUUCGGCUCGUGUUAAUGAUGUACAUGGUUGCCCUUUACAGGCAUUCUUUGGAGUAUUUGAUGGACAUGGCGGUCCAAAAGCUGCCGAGUUUGCAGCAGCAAGGCUAGGUGACAAAAUAUUAGACCAUGUAGGACGAGUUACUGGAGCCAAAUCUAGCAAACUGAUUGAAGAGAGUAUCAGAGAUGGUUAUCUAGCUGCUGACCAGGAGUUUCUUAACGAAAAAUCAAACGGUGGUGCUUGUUGUGUAACUGCAUUGAUUCAAGAGGGUAACCUUAUGGUCUCUAAUGUUGGUGAUUGUCGUGCUGUUAUUAGCAGGGGUGGCCUUGCGGAGGCACUGACUACUGAUCAAAGCCCUUCAAGAGAAGACGAGAAAACUAGGAUCGAAUCCAAGGGUGGAUACGUUGAUUUUUGCAACGGAACAUGGAGAAUACAAGGUUCUCUUGCAGUGUCAAGAGCAAUAGGAGACCAACAUCUCAAGCAAUGGGUCACAGCCGAACCUGAAACAAAAAUCCUAACCAUUAAACCCGAUUUCGAGUUCCUAAUCUUGGCUUCAGACGGCCUAUGGAACAAGGUUAGCAAUCAGGAAGCGGUAGACGUGGUUCUUCCCUUUUUUACAGCAGGGAGUAAUAAGCCAGAGUUAAAGCAUGCUUGUAGAAAGCUAGUGGAGUUGUCAACAAGUAGGGGAUCUAACGAUGAUACAACUGUAAUGGUGAUUCAACUAGACAAAUUUGCUCUUUAAUCUAGCUGAUUAUACAGGAUUAUAACCUUUUUUUGGCUUUAGAUGUAUAUAUAAGGUAUAUAAUUUGAUUUGUAUCAGUUAAUUAUCACUAAGCUAGCUUAGUGCAUAGUGCAUAGGCAGGGUCACAGGGGUAGAUAGCUAGCCAUGAAAAUAUAUAGUAGCAAAUUUCCUUCCAUUUUGUUUCCUUGUAUAUUCGAGUUGUUUGUAAGAUAGAAAUUUAGUUU